AUGUUAUUCGCUCUGCAACGCUAUAUCAAGUAUUUUGCCGUCUUGGGCCUGGUACCGUGGGUGACCGAAAACUCGCCCAAACAGCAUUAUCAACAGAUCUAUACGCUAAUCAUAAUACUCUCGAAUAUCGGUGUGUCAUGCUACAAAAUCAUUUUUCAACCGCCCGAGGGAGAUCUUCUGGUCUCACUGCUGGUCAGCUGCAUUGUGUUUGUCUCCCAAAUUGUUACCAUGACAGUUAUUGAACUGCAAGUGAUGUGCCAGUAUAAUAAAUACUACGAGUUCUGUCUGCAGCUGAAGUGUUUGCGUCUGCAUUUUCAAUGCGAACUGCAGCAGCCGAUCAGAAAUUUGCCCUGGAUCAGAUAUAUUAAAUUCUAUGCUCUGGGCGUCAUCAAUAUCAUCGUAUUUAUUCCUUCUAUAUACGUGGUUCUCAAUGUUGAUUAUAUUGGCUACUUUUGGUACUCGCUCGGCGCCGUUAUCGUUAAUCGAUAUCAAUGUCUCCUUCUGCUACUCUACGUGGACCUCUUGGGCUAUCAUGCAGAACGUUUGGAUGAACGUCUUCAGGCCCUGCACAGCUAUCGUCAGCUGGGCACCCAGACAAUAUUGGACACACAAUUUGAUCAGAUGUGCUCCUUGGACUAUUUGCUGAGUCUGAAGCGCGCCUACAUGGAGCUCUAUCGUCUGGUUGAACUCUACAACAAUUUGUUUGGCUGGUCGAUUGUCUGCAUCUUUGUGGUGAUGUUUCUCGACAGCAUCGUCAAUAUAUAUUGGUCACUUCUAGUGCUUAUCAAGAUCUAUCAGUUUGGCUUUAUCUUCAUGACGUGCUCAACUUUUGUGCCAUUGCUUAUACUACUCUUCACCUUUUGCCAUUGUGGAGAGUAUUGCAAGCGACAGCACAUGCUUAUAGGCGGUCAUGUUAGGGGUCUGGCCUGUGCUGCACAGUGCCAGGCGGUGCCGCCUCCCUUGGCCUACACUGCGGUUCUUGCAGAAUUCGCUAUGCAAGUGGAGCAGGAUGCUUUGACGAUCAGCGCCCAGGGCUUUAUGAAUAUUGACUAUAAUCUGCUCAUGUCGAUCUUCACGGCCAUGGUUACCUAUCUGAUAGUGCUUAUGCAAUUUGGCUCGUUGUAUGCCUAGAAAUAGGCGU